CUAAAUAGUCUUCCCAUUCAAGUAAAGUUGGUUGAAGGUGGCCAUAGCCAUUGAGUGAGAAAGUGGCCAACCCCCCUCCCUCGCUCCUCUUUCUCUCUCCUCAUUAUCAUCAAUGAUCAACCCAAAAGAAAAUUAUAAAAACACAAAAGGUGAAAGGUGGGGGAGAAAAGUAAAUCCUGGCUAAGGAAUUGGAACCAAAUUCAAAGUUCUAGUGUGUGAGAGAGAAAAAGGCAAUAUUGAAUUCCAAAAGCCAUGUUGGGUGAGAGAAGCAUAUUGUUGUAUAGGGAGGGAGGUGGAGGUUAGAGAGAGAGAGAGAGAGAGAGAGAGAGAGUGUUUGUUUUCUAGAGAGAGAGAGAGAGAGAGAGAGAGAGGGGUUAGUUUAUUUCUCUCUUGCAGCCCUUUUGCUUACUGCAGCUUUCUGAAAGGUAUUGGAAGGUUGGGGAAAUUCUCAAGAUACCAAUUUCUCUCAAUAAUUUUAAUUUCAUACAGAAAUCUUUUGGUCCUUUGGUUAGUUUGGUGCUGCUUUCUGAAAGGUCUUGGAAGGUGGGGAAAAUUCUCAAGUCCUAUUGCUUGGUGCAGCUUUAUGAAAGGUUUUGGAAGGUUGAAAAAAUUCUCAAGGGAGGAUCACUAAUGCUAGAAACAUGGGAAAGAAAGGGAGUUGGUUUUCUGCAAUCAAGAGGGUUUUCAUACCCAACUCCAAAGAGAAACUAGCCAAUGGUUCAGAGAAGAAAAGCACCAAGGAAAAGAAGAAGGGUCGAGGAAUAUUAAGGCAUGGAGAGAACAAAUCGUUCAUUCCCCUCUUCAGAGAGCCGAGCAGCAUUGAGAAAAUAUUGGGAGAUGCAGAGCAGGAGAAAAUACUUGUCAGGCCAUCUACGCCUGCAGAGCAACCGCAAACACCACCUUUGGUGCCACCAGGGGCAGCCUCUCCUUGGGCUGCUUCUCCAAGAGCUGCUACUCCAAGGGCUACUUCUCCAAGGGCUGUUUCUCCAAGGGCUGUUUCUCCGAGAGCUGUUUCUCCAAGGGCUGCUUCUCCAAGGGUUGCUUCUCCUAGGGUUCAGAAACAUAAGGAAAUUAAAUACAGACCAGAACCAACUCUAAGAAAUCACAAUCUUUCGGCCACCAAGAUCCAAGCAGCAUAUAGAGGCUAUAUGGCAAGGAGGAGUUUUAGAGCUUUGAGGGGUCUGGUGAGGCUUCAAGGAGUAGUGAGAAGCCAGAACGUGAAGCGACAAACAACGAGUGCCAUGAAAUACAUGCAGCUUUUGGUGAGGGUUCAAAAUCAAAUUCAGUCUCGCAGGAUCCAGAUGUUAGAAAACCAGGCCCUCCAACGCCAAUCUUACAAGAAUGAUAAGGAAAUGGAGGGUAGCUUGGGCAAAUGGACCAUGAGCCAGAUGUCUGAGGCAGGUCACAAUGAGGAUUGGGAUGAUAGCUUGCUAACGAAGGAGCAAAUAGAGGCAAGGAUGCAGAGAAAAGUAGAGGCCGUCAUGAAGAGAGAAAGAGCCAUGGCCUUUGCAUAUUCUCACCAGUUGUGGAAAGCCAAUCCUAGAUCAGCCCAAACUGCACUAUUGGACGUCCGAUCUGGUGGAUUCCCCUGGUGGUGGAACUGGUUAGAACGUCAGCUCCCUCCAGCAAAUGCUUCUGAAAGCCAGGCCAUGAAGAAUGUUCAUCCAACUCCUCCAAGGUCAACUUUAGAGCCAAAACCAAGCCCUCGACCUCCAUCGAGCAACUAUAAGCAACAAAAUUUCGGGUUUGACAAUCUUGAAUCAGUCACACCAAGGUCAACAAGAUCAAUGGUACCUGUGAGGACAAGACAUCCAUAUACCCCUUCAAAUAGAACACCACCCCCAAGCGGCUCAAGUGGAAUGAAACAUUCCAGAUCAAGAAUGAGUCCUGCUAAUUCCACUUUUGAUGCGCCAUUGAAGGAUGAUGACAGCCUCAUGAGCUGCCCACCAUUUUCAGUUCCAAACUACAUGGUACCGACUGUUUCAGCUAAAGCCAAAGUGAGAACGAACAGCAACCCGAAGGAGAGGUUUCCAGUGACUCCGGGCAGCGAGACGUCGAAACGGAGGUUUUCUUUUCCUUUGACUCCAACCGUUGGGUCUUUUAAGUGGAACAAAGAGUCUGGCAAGGACCCUGCUUCUCAAAGGGUGUUGGAAAAGCACGAGUCUCUGCAUUCUAUAGGGGAUUUGAGUGUGGAUUCAACCAUUUCUAUGCCUGCUGCAGUUGGGAGGAGACCAUUUAACCGAUUUGUGUGAUUGCAUUUUCUUUAAAUUUCCAUUUCUUUAACCAUUUGUGUUUUUAACUUUUUUUGGGUUUUUGAUCCUUUAUACAGAGUGUAUGGUGAUAUCUUGAACUACAAAAGAGUGAUGUAUAAUAAUAAUAAUAAUUGGUAGGAUAUGAUGGUUUGAAUGCAAGAGGUUUGUGUUUUUGAAAAA